AUGGCUCAGCGACAAACUAGUCUCGUCCAACGACCGGACGGGCAAUGGCCACCGGUUGCAUCUCAAAUCCACCCAAUUCCAGACACCAAAGGACCAUACGAUGUUUUGAUCCGGGUCUGCGCUGUCGCGCUGAACCCAACCGACUAUAAGAUGCCCUCAUACCACCCGGUGCCCGGUGCGAUCCUGGGCUGCGACUUUAUGGGCGUCGUGGUUUCCGCUGGCCCUGAAGUCGACAAUGCGCCGCCCGGAACACGGUUAUGCGGUCCAAUAUACGGUUCGAAUCCCGGGAAUCCAGCCUCCGGCGCAUUUACAGAGUACCUCGUUCAAGAUGUGCGUUUGUGUCUGCGCGUGCCAGAUGCCUGGAACGACCUCGAGGGCGCAGCGCUGGGAGGAAUCGGAUGGGCGACAGUGGGCUUGACCAUGGAAGAUUCGUUGAAACUCACGGGUAUUCCGUCGAAACCUGCUCCUCUGCGAGAGGAUGGGACGCGUAUACCUGUGUUGGUCUAUGGCGGUGCAACGGCCACAGGGACAAUGGCGUGUCAACUACUCGCAAGUUCCGGAUACGAUCCGAUAGCAACCGCCUCGCCUGCAUCCUCGGCCCUAGUAAAGAAAUACGGCGCAGUCAGAACAGUCCCUUAUUCAUCCCCGACGUGCGGAGAGACGAUCAAAGACAUCACCAAAGGUACACUGCGGCAAGCACUUGACUGCAUCACCACCCCCGAAUCCGUCGACUGCUGCUUCAAGGCCCUUGGGCGUGUAGGAGCACGAUAUGCAAGUCUCGAGUACGCACCCGAUGAAUGGAGGACACGCAAAGCAGUCAAGAUGGACAUGCCCAUGACAUACGUGGUGAUGGGCCAGGAGGUCAAGCUCACGGGCGCCUACCACCGAGACGCGGAUCCGGCCAAGUUUGAGCUUGGGGUGAGAUGGCGCCAGGAGGUGCAGACGCUUCUGGAUGAGGGACGCCUUAAGUGUCACCCUGUACGAGAGGUUCCUGGGAAAUGGGAUGGUAUUGUGCAGGGCUUGGAGAUGCUCAAGACCGGGCAGGUUCGUGGGCAAAAGCUUGUAGUCCGCAUUGGCAACGCGUGA